GAAAAAAAGUCAGACCCUCUCUUCCCCUCUUCCUUCCUUUCCAGACCUGCUCAACGCUUCCUCCUCCGACCUUGCUUAGCUUCCUUUGUCUACACCGUCAGACUGCACGCGUCGGUGUUGCUAUAUAUAUAUAUAUAUUGCUGUGGUCGGAGCGCGGUGGAUGUUCCUGAUGGCGGAGAUGGAAGACGACGACUGGGACCUGAGCGCAGUGGUGCGGAGCUGCCGGCCGUCCGGGGAGUCGCCGGCGACGAGGAACAGCCUGUGGGAGUUUCCACAACCCUUAGAGCAUCUCUGGGUGAUGGCGGACGAGAAAAUAGGUGCUUGUAUAAGGAUAUCGGAAGCAUUCGAGAGCCGGAGUGGCGUCUUGGCGAAAGAAGGUGGCUCUUUGUCGCCUCUCUCCGCCGCUGUUCUGAGCUCUGCCGCCAUGGUGGAGCCAAAGUCAAACCAAGCACCACUCCACAGAAAAGUGGACCGGCCAGCUUCCCAAAUUUCCCGCUCCAGGCGAAGGAAAAACCGACAGAAGAAGGUGGUGCGCCACGUCGCCGCCGCCGGGCUCUCCUCCGACAUGUGGGCAUGGCGGAAGUACGGGCAGAAGCCCAUCAAAGGCUCGCCUUUUCCCCGAGGAUACUACAGGUGCAGCAGCUCCAAAGACUGUGCCGCCCGGAAGCAGGUGGAACGGAGCCGGACGGACCAGGAGGCGUUCAUAGUCACCUACACCGGCGAGCACAAACACCCCAAGCCCACCCACAGAAAUUCCCUGGCCGGAAGCACCCGCCCUAAGCUUCCCACAACCCCUGCAGCCAACCAUGAAGCAAGUCCUCUGUCCACGACCACCGCGCUUGAGCUCUUACCCACCACGCCUCUCUCCGACUCCACCCUCCUACGGCAAAAUAAAUGCAGCGAUGAAUGCGUGGAGGAGGAGGAGGAGAUAGAGAUGGAGGAGGAGGAGGGAGAGCUACUGGUUGAGGACAUGGAGAUGAUGGGCGAGGACGACUUGCUGCUUAUGAGCUCGGUGGAGGGUGCCGAUUGGUCUCCGACGGCGGAUAUGGCAGCGUUAUUGGACGGCGACGGUGGCGUUGGCGAUCCCCUAUUUCCUCUACCAUUUUGCAGUCAUCGAAGGGUCCAACAACCCAAUUACUACUGCCGGUGAGACUUUCUCUGUUUCAUAGCAGAGAGAAAGGAAAGAUUUGAGGGAAGGAAACAGUUGUCAAGAACAUGCGAUCAUAUCUUUAAAAAACCAACUGUUCCUUGUAAAUUUAAAUACAAGAAGGGCAAAAAAAUCUCUUCAGGUUGCCAUGCUCUUCUUGUUUGGGGAAUGUCUCGAAUGAAUUCCUGCAUUGGAUUUUCAGAAAACUAAAUUGUGCAUUGAUUUGUUUAACCCUUUGAUUAUAGAAUUAGA